CCGAUUUUUUUUUAUGACAGUACAUAAGCAGGUAGAAUGAACAUUUUUAGGUCAAUGUUUCGGUGGGUUCAUUGAGGUAUAAUAAGAACGGGUAGGUUACCGGGAGUUUAGUGCAUAUUAUCCUGCAUGUGAAUUGAUGGUAAAUCGGGGCAUUAGUUGUGAUAUGUCAGGCAGUCGUCGAAUGAGGUAUCAUCUGAUGCCUACAGUAAGAUAGCGCACGUUGUAGGCUAAAGCUAGUAUACCAAUAUAAUUGUGUUUCAUAAGGGAAUUGAGUUGUCCAGAUUGUCUGUAGCCUAUUUGGUUUAGACAUUUUACUCGUGCGCCUAUUAUAUAUUUCCUGCUAUAGGCUUUGUUCAUAAUAUUCAGUAUUAUCCUACUGAUUUAUUCUAUUAUAAAGGUUCUCGUCACAUUUAGCCUAUUGAUUAAGCUGAAACUUCGACUGUUAUCUGUUAGUAAGUGGCAUAGUAGCCCAUAACUUAAUUGAAAUUGUUGGUGAGAGUCAAGACUAUUACACUUUUACAAUGGGAGUGGGGUCCGAAAAGACAUCAUCCACCACCAAGGGAGUCUACAAAGAGGAGACUGAUAUUGCCUCGAAAGCACCCUUAAACGUGAAUGCUAUGUUAUCAAAGAAAGUGGGGCACGCGACAGCAGAAAGGGCCACCUGGGGUCGCCGCCUUGAGUUCGUCCUCGCGUCAGUGGGGUACGCGGUGGGACUUGGGAACGUGUGGCGCUUUCCAUACCUCUGCUACAGGAGCGGUGGAGGUGCCUUUCUCAUUCCUUACUUUCUCAUGCUGUUUCUGUGUGGCAUCCCCCUUCUCUUCAUGGAGUUUGCUAUUGGGCAGUACACCCGUCUGGGACCGGUGCAUGCUCUAGCCACAAUCUGCCCCUUGUUCAAAGGUGUGGGCAUUGCCACAGUCGUGAUCUCCUUUGUGCUCUGCACCUACUACAACGUUCUUAUGAGCUGGGCACUCUACUACUUCUUCAACUCAUUCCGAGCCAUCUUCCCCUGGCAGUCCUGCAACAACACCUGGAAUGCCGUGGGUAACUGCUCCAGCGGUUUCCCUGGAAACGCCACCCACCUGCAAUCAGCCAGUCAGCAGUACUUUGAUCACAGGGUUCUGGAGAUAACCAAUGGUAUUGAGGAUGCAGGAGGACUACGCUGGGAGCUGUUUGGCAUCCUCAUCCUGGCCUGGGUCAUAGUCUACUUGUGCAUCUUCAAAGGCGUCAAAUCCACUGGCAAGGUUGUUUAUUUCACAGCCACGUUCCCAUACUUUAUUCUGUUCGCCUUGCUCAUCAACAAUGUCCAGCUUCCCGGGGCCAAGGAUGGGAUGCUCUACUUCCUGAAGCCUAAGUGGAGCAAGCUGCUUGAAGUUCAGGUGUGGGUUAACGCUGCAGCCCAGGUAUUCAACUCCAUUGGAAUUGGAUUUGGCUCCAUGAUCUCCAUGGCCAGUUACAACAAGUUCAACAAUAACAUCCUUAGGGACACAUUGAUUGUCUCUUUAGCUAACUCGGCCACCAGUAUCCUGGCUGGCUUUGUGAUAUUCUCAGCAAUCGGCUACAUGGCUCAUGUCCACAACCUCCCAGUGGACAACAUCGCCACAGAUGGUCCUGGCUUGGUGUUUGUGGUGUAUCCAGAGGUCUUCUCCACUAUGCCUCUGCCACAGUUGUGGGCUCCUCUAUUCUUCUUCAUGCUUCUCUGUCUGGGACUGGACAGCCAGUUUGCCAUGGUGGAGGUGGCGGUGACGUCCAUAAUAGAUGGCUUCGGCCCUAAGGUGCUGCGUGUCCUGAAGAGACAGGAGGUCAUCGUUCUGGCCGUCUGUGUUAUGGGCUUCCUUCUAGGCAUUCCUCACAUCACUAAGGGGGGCAUGUAUGUGUUCCAGCUGAUGGACCACUACACUGCUGUGGUGUCGCUCAUGUUCCUGUCCUUCUUUGAAGUCAUCGCAGUCUGCUGGGUUUUCGGACUGCGUCGGAUGACCAUCAUGAUCAAGAGAAUGUUGGGAAAGGCUCCCAACAUCUAUUUCCGCUCCUGCUGGAUGGUCUUCUCCCCUGUGCUGGUCCUGUGCAUUCUGAUCUCCAGCAUCAUCCAGUACACGCCAGCUCGCUAUGGGAAGUCAUACACAUACCCUGUCUGGGCAGAGGUGGUGGGCUGGGGAAUCUCCCUGGUCUCCAUCGUGUGGAUCCCACUGGGAGCCCUGCAAGAGAUCUGCAGAAAUAAGGGCUCACUGCUGCAGAGAAUAAAAACAGCUGUGACACCUACAAUAGAGUUGGAUCCUGUCAACCAUCUGCCAGAGGAGCAGAGCGAAGACACACCGGAGUCUGUUUUCUUGUCUAUCAUCACUCCUCUGUAACCACAGCCAGUAUGUCUAAGUGCUUGCGUGCGUGAGUCAGUGUGACUGUGAGUGCUCUAUUGGUAUGGGGAGGUGUGGGUUGUUAGGUAGUUUACAGUUUAUGUAAAUAGCAUAUUUACGUAUUUUACCCUUGUCGCUCUAGGAAUCUCUUCAACCAACACCUCUCCCCCUGGACAUAACAUAUUUUGUCUCCCAAUUUGAUUUUGAAUUCCAUGACCUCAAUGGUCCAGAUAGAUCUAAAGGCAGAGUACCUCUUUGAACCAACAUUGCCAUCUUGUGGCUGUUUCAAAGUUUUUAUUCACACCGUGAGGUUCAUUUGAGGCUCAUGUGAAUAGUGAACUCAGUGAUUGACUGAACAAACACCAGGCUGGUCUAAUAUAGAAACAUGCAUGUGAUAUUUAUUCCUCUCCUAGAAAGAUAAUAUGCAAUUAGAUGUAUGGCGGUUAUAUGGUGUGCCUUUUACUGAUAACUGUAAGGAGGGGAACCACUGCAGUGUUGCCAUGACCAGUAGUGUAAAGUACUUAAGUAAAAAUACUUAUGUUGUUUUUUGGGUAUCUGUGCUUUGCGUUACUUUGACAACUUUUACUUUUACUUCGCUACAUUCCUAAAGAAAAUUAUGUAUUUUUUUACUCCAUACAUUUUCCCUGACACCCAAAUGUUCUCGUUACCUUUUGAAUGCUUAGUAGGACAGGAAAAUGGUCUAGUUCCCACACUUAUCAAGAGAACAUCCCUGGUAAUCCUUACUGCCUCUGAUCUUGCGGACUCACUAAACACAUGCUUCAUUUGCAAAUUAU